AUGGCCGACAAAAGCAUCAUGGCCUCUACUUGUGGGCCAACGGUCUUAGCGGAUCAGAAUCCUAUCAUUCCAGAAAAUUAUGAAAAGGAUUUGUUCAACGAUAUGGGAUUCGUUCUCCGGGCAAGAUCAGACGAGGGUCAUGAUAUCCACCUCUGGAUGUUCAUGUACCGACAACUGGGAGAAGCUGUCAUAAUUGACAACGAGGUCUGCCAAACCCUGCUCGUGAAGGUUGCCUUUACCGACGAGGAGAAAAAGACAAUGCAUGAUGCUCCUUUCAUCAACAAAGGACAGAAUAUCGACGACUAUAAUGAAGUGGGUACCAUGGGCUUCACCAGUUCGGAAUCAAAGGUGUCGUGGUCUUUGAACGGUCGGGUUUUCGAAUCUCAACCACCAAAUUGGCAUGUCAAGGGUGGACAUGCUGGUGUUCUCGUCGACCUCCAUUUCUCGCAACGAGGCCAAGCCUUUUAUCACUGUGGUGAAUUCAGCAAUAUCAAGAAUGACGAAGGCAUUGCCGGAUUCGUUGUUCACUGCCGAGCCACGGGUACCGUCACUGUCCAGGACAAACUUUAUACCAUCUCUGACGGGCAUGGAGUCCAUGAGCGAAUUGUCAUGGGUGGGCUAGUUCCCGAUCGACUAUCUUCCAUGGCCGGUCGCGGGUCAAAUUGGCUCCAUGGCUGGGGCAAAUCUUUUUCGUUCUAUACCCUCACUCGCGACGUAUCGCAAUCCUCCACAUUCAUGCUGAACAUUGACGGCGAGACUUUGGCAAGUGUUGGGGAGGAUGUCUCUAUCACGGAAGCCGAGCAUUGGUUGGAUCCCAAGACUAACCAAAUGAACCCCCGCAAAUGGCGGCUGCGGGCAACCACAGCCAAAGGCAGACUUGAGGCGGUUGUGACAGCAUACGGACGGGCUUAUUAUACGUGGAUCCGUCGUGGCGGCACCCUACUGGUUCACCAGUUUGUCGCAGAUUGCGAGGCUCGAUUUACCUUUGCGGAUGGGACUAUACUUGAAGAAAAGCAGAUGGUAGCCAGUCUUGAGUAUAUGCGUACCUUGUACCAUCAGAAGUCCUAA